CCGCCCGGGCCGAGAUGAGCAGCGGGGCGGGCCGCUGGGCAUCCCUGCUCCUGUGCCUGCUGCAGGCCGCCCCAGGGAGGCCCCAGCUAGCCUCUCCCCGGAAUGUGACGCUAUUCUCCCAGAACUUCAGCGUGUACCUGACGUGGCUCCCCGGACUCGGCAGCCCCCCAGAUGUCACCUACUUUGUGGCCUAUCAAGGCUUUCCUAGCUCCCAACCGUGGCGCAAAGUGAAGAAAUGUGCAGGAACAAGGUCACUGGUGUGUCCCUUGAUGUGCCUGAAGAAACAAGACCUGUACAACAAGUUCAAGGGACGGGUGCAGGCGGCGUGGGGAGGCAUCAGGUCCCCACCGGUGGAGUCCAAGUACCUGAAUUAUCUCUUUGAAGUGGAGCCAGCCCCGCCUGCUCUUGUGCUCACCCGGACUGAGAAGAUCCUCAGGGUAAAUGCCACCUACCAGCUGCCCCCUUGCAUGCGCUUGAUGGAUCUGAAGUAUGAGGUGAAAUUCUGGAAGGAGGGCACUGGAAGCCAGACCCUCUUUCCUGCCACCCCCCAUGGACAGCCCGUGCAGAUCCCACUGCAGCCAGCCACCAGUGGGCGCCACUGCCUCAGCGCCAGAACAAUCUACACCCUCACCACCCCCAAGUACAGCCACUUUUCUGAGCCCAGCUGCAUCUUCCUGGGGGUCCCAGGGGCCAACUGGCCAGUCCUGGUGCUGCCCUCCUCGCUGCUCCCUGUGCUGUUAGCCGUUGCCACAGGGGGUGUGAUCUGGAAGUGCCUCAAGGAGAACCCCUGGUUUCAGCGGGUGAAAAUGCCUCGGGUCCUGGAUUUUUCUGGAUUCAGACAACCUGUGACAACCUUCCAACCCAGUGGACCACAGUAUCCAGACGCCCUGUUCCUCUGUCCCCAGAAAGAACCGACCAUCAGGGUCAGGCCACCCCCUCAAGUCAGGGAUCCAGCCACCCUCCAGGGAGGGUCAGAAAAGGACAGCACUGAGGAUGAGCUUGAGGACACGGAAGACAGCGACAGCCUCCAGCCCUACCUGGAGCCCCCUCCCUUUCUGAGGAAAGAACUCCAGGUUGCCCAGCACUCUGAGGCAGAUGAGUCUGGAGUGGACUCAGGGGGGGCCUCCUGGACACCUCUGGACAAGAGUGAAGGCUCCUCUGCCUGGGACGCUUCAGACAGGAGCUGGCCCAGUGCUGUAGUCUCCUUGCCCUGGGAUGAAGCUGAGUCCUCCAGCUAUUUGAUCAAGAAAAGACUGGACCAAAGACCCGACUGGGACAGACAGCAGGAGCCCCUCCCAUGCCUGGAUUUCUCCGAGAACUUGGGUGCCCUGGAGGAGCCUCUGAAGGAAGUUCCUUCCUGGUGGGCCAUGUGGGGUGCCUCAUGCCCACAGCAGGAUCUGGUCACUGAAGAACCUCUGGUUUCUCUUCAGACACUGACUUUCUGUUGGGACAGCAGCCCUAAGGAGGGAGAGGAGGAGGAAGAGGAGGGUGACUGGGAAUCAGAACCCGAGGACAGCAGUGGAGGCAGCUGGAAGGCUGCAGGCCUGCACAGGGCUGAGGCCAUGGGGGGGACGCUGGGGCAUUAUAUGGCCAGGUGAGCUGGCCCCAGUGUCUCAUGCCAUCUGGUGCUGCUCUUCCGAGGGAUCUGGUACACCCCUGAGUCACACCCAGAUUUGUCAUCUGGACUGAGCCGUAAGAUGCCACCCCCACUUGCAACAACCCACCUGCUACAAGAGGUCAGGGCCGUGGUCAGGGACUGGAUGGGUCUGUUCCUUGUUCCUGAGACUUGCAACCUGGUGGAAGGUCAUUCCUGGGCAUCAAGAAACAAGCACGGUCAGGCUGCUGCAGACACCAAGGGCCAACACUCCCCGGGGAGCAUCUGCAAUUGGGAGAGGGAUGUCACCGGAGGCACAUCUGGUGUAUCAGAGCUCAUGCCCUUCCCAGCCUCUCCUGAGUGAGUCUCAGCCUCUUGAUUGAGUAAUUGGCAGUCUCUAGGGUGGGUCUCGACAAACAUCCAGUUGGCUGAUGGGUUGGAGGGGACAGAAAGGGAAGUUGUCCUUCAGAAUCUGGGCCCCUGAGUCACACAUAGCAUUGUGCAGUGAGAUAGCCCUGGGUUCAAAUUCCAACACUGCUCACAGUUUACUAGUGGCGACUUGAGUAAGCCACCCUCAUUCUUUGUGCUUCAGUGUCCUCAUCGGCCACUUCCACGUGGCUAUGGUGAGGGUCCAGCGAGCUCUCAGGUGUGUGUGGCAUGAGGCUCGUAUCAAUGGUGCCGGCCACAUGGUGGCUGACAGAAUCCUCUAUCCGUCCAGGCUUCAAGGAGAUCACUACCUGUGACGCCCCAAACCCAAAGGAAUAAGAGAGCCUACCUUCUAACCUGUCUUUCCUCUAGGUCACCCCAUUCCUUCCUUGUCACUGCCCCCUCACCUCCUAGUCAGCGGGCUGGGCCCAGCCUCGCCUCCUUCCCCUUCUCAGCCACGGCAGCUUCCCUUCUCUCACGCGCACUGACCACUUCACAGAGGUGCUUUGAAAAGACGCGAGGCUGCCACCACAGAGUGCUAUCUUCUUCUUCAGUGACAUGCACUCUUUCUAAAAGAAUCUCUUCCCACGUUUUAAACUUCUGAUCUAGCUUGAGCUUCUUAGGAAUUCUAAAUUCCAAUUCAUUUCUGGUCAUCAGGUUGUUUACAAAACCCCUUGAGGAAAGAGCGUGAAAAUCCACUGUAAUCCACUCAUUGUGUGUGCUGGGCACUUCACGGGUUACAAAGUCCUUCCUGAUCCACAGCAGCUGGGAGCUGUGGUGAGGGCCCAAGUGCGUGGUGCCUUACGUCAGAGUGAUGUGUGAUUCUUCAGCGUCCUGAGACUACAUGUUGCUUUUGCACACUUGUAUUUAUAUUUAACUUUGCUUUGUUUUAUAUGUCAUAUUUAAAUAAUACCCUAAUGUCUGUUUGUACUUUACCCCAAACCGUGAAUAAAAGAGCCCUGUUUUUAGAAAAAAGGGAAUAAUUUA